UUUUCACUUUGUCUGAAUGUGACAGGCAACCAACAGCAUGCUAGCCCGCCUUCCCGUCUGUCUGUCUGUCUGUCUGUCUGACCGUCUCCAAGGCAACCAAGUGUAAACGUACAGCAGGAGGCAUGCAGCAAAAAACAGAGGAAAGGAGAGGAAACACUAGAGCGGAGAGUCUGUUGAAAAGGAUCAAAGGUUUGCUUGUCAAAUGUCCACAGAUGCUCAGAAAAGACGCACAGGUGGAUUACUUUAAUGUGGGGAAAGACACAAAUGAAAUGACAUCACCACAGUAAGUACAGAUUAGUUCAUUUCAACAUUUUAUCUCAAGUCAUGGCUGCUCGUUGUACAUUUAAAACUGCUGACAAUCACCGACGAGGAAUAAAAUGAACAACAGAAAGUUUAUUCACAUCUUCUAAAAUUCACUUUUCUCAGUUAUUUUAUAGAUGAUAUUGCUUUUAAUGUGUUGAUAUAUUAGACACUUCAGCCAUCUUGACUCUGUUAGUGUCGUCAAACAUUAAACCUGAGAGAGUUCAGCCCUCAAAGAGUCAUUUCUCUUAUACAAACACACAUACAAGUACACGUGCUCCCACACAUAAACAUGUAAACUGUUAUUGAUGGAGAAGCUUGUUCAGUGAAAAAAAAUCAUGAGUAAUUCCUGUCGCACCCCCUGUGGUGUCUCUGCUGGGACCACUGGGUCAUUAGAGAAUUACAUCACAGCAGUAACAUCACAGUAAUGAUCACGUAGACAUAUAGACUACUGUAGACACUGAGCUGCAUGGACUUGGUCAGAUAUAUCAGUGCAGUGUUUCCAAUCAUUUAUUUUUUUCCCCUCUCAUUUAUUGCUUCCCAUAAUAAUAAAAUAGCACAAGUCUGACCUGACUUCCUGACUGCUCAGACUGGGAACGUUUCUUCAGCUUCGGCUCACACAGCUCCGACUGGAAACCUGUCAACUAUGGAGAGAAGUGAGAAGACAGAGAGGAGGUGGCGGGGUGUUGCUGAGAUGCUGAGAAGAGAGCAGGAGGAGGAAAAGGAAGAGGUUUUGGGAGUGAGACCAGAGGUGGACAGCCAGGAGGAGCUGGAGGUGUCUGACACUGAGGAUGAGGGGGAGCGCUGCCUUAUCGCUGCCUGCCGUAAAGGCAUGGCUGAUGUGGUGCAGCGGUUGCUGAAGACCGGGACUGACAUGACCUUGUGUAACUGCAGCCAGGAGACAGCGCUCCACGUAAGCCCUCCUGAGCUCCAGGGAAAAGUGCUGGGGUGGAUGUCGAGGCCUCAUCUGCCUCCCCAGGCACAGCUGCUGCAGGCUUCCUGGCAAGGAGACUUGCACUCCUUACAGCACCUUCUGGCUCAGGCGGACGGAUGGAUGGAUGUGAACGUUCCUAACAGCGACAGUGUGACGGCUGUGAUGCUCGCUGUCAGGGACAUUGACCUGUUUGAGAGCAUGGCGACACCACUGCCAUGGGACCACAGACCUGUGGAGGUGGUCAAAGAACUGCUAGGACUCUCGGCUGACCUGCAGGUACGAGACCACAGCGGCUGCUCUGCACUUCACUACGCUGCAAACAUCAACAGCCCUCUGAAGGAGGAGAUCAUUCACAUGAUGGUUGAGGCCCUCAGUCACACAGAUGCUGCCCCCGUCUCACCCCUCGCCCCUGACAAAUACUCAUGCCAGGAUUUGGAUUCAGAGUUUGAAGAUUCUGACAUAGAGCUGGACAUUGUGAGCAUUUCUCCUCAUCAGUCGACAGCAGCCUCCCCCACGCAGACACACACCCAUCAACACCGUGUUCUGCUUUACAGCCACACCGGGGAAGUGCUGGAGUCUCCAGGGUGCCCUCCUCGGUCUGACCAUCAUAAAGAUCUCAGUCAAGAUAAGGGAAUCCCCCUCUGUUUCCAAAACGCCAUGGAAACACUGAGAGACAUCAGGCAAGUGUACCAGGACGCAGGGAGGGGAAGCAGCAGAGGAGGUUUGUCUCUGCCGAGCCUGAGCGACAGCAGCAGACGCCUGGGUCAUGUGGAUCCUGCUCCCUCGUGUGGUUUGCUGAGCGCCAGGACCCCCUGUGUCCCCGUGCCCCCGAGACACAGGCAGAGGACAAGAAGUGUGGUUGCUGCAUGCCCGUCCUCCCCCGGCCUGCUGUCUGUGGCUGAGCCAAGCCAGCUCAGCCAAUCAGCCCCGAGCAUCAUGGAGCCUCUGCUGUGUUCAAACACUAUGAUGCAGGCCAGGGCACACAUCCAGACCCGACUGGGUUCUCAAGAUACUGUAGAUGAACAAAAGGCGAGUUUUACCCCCUAAAAAAUCUUUACAUCAGUCUCACCUAUUUGUCUUGCUAUACUUAUAAUACAAAAAUCUAUCUACCUUGGCAGUCAUACC